GACAAAAAAUGGAACACACCAGCAGUGUGAGGAGACCUGAAAGUGGCACAUGGCAGAGUGUGGCGAUGGAGACAGCAGCAAUGGGAGGGCCGUACAGGGACCCAUGAGAGACUCUGGACCUGGCAGCAGCAUGAGGAGGCGGUAUAGGGGCCCAUGGCAGAUUAGGGGCCUGGCAGCAGCAGCUAUGGGAGGCCCGUAAUCUGCCAGCACCCUAUGACAAAAAAAUGGAACACACCAGCAGUGUGAGGAGACCUGAAAGUGGCACAUGGCAGAGGUGGCGAUGAGACAGCAGCAAUGGGAGGCCGAGUUCAGGGACCCAUGAGAGACUCAGGACCUGGCAGCAAGGCAGUGA